AUGUUUAAGGAACUGUUUUCAGAAAAUACGCGAAAACUUGUCAUUAGAAUAAAACGAUAUUCUCCUAUUACAUUUGAACAUUUUUUGUAUUUUUAUGAUAAAUAUUUUUUUAAUGAUUCCUCCAUUAAAAAAUUCAAGCUCUUUUUUAUCAAUUUCAUAAUGAUGACAAUUUUGAAUGUUAUAAAAAGUUACUUUUAUUUUCAUUUUAUACGUCGUUUUGUUUUAUGA